AUGGGAGCGGCAAUAGGUCUUGACGAGGCUCUAACUACGGGCAACUACGGGCCUGUCAUGAUGCAGAUUUCUGAUGCAGGCCCUCUGGCUUCCCUCCUGCGCCGUGACCAGGAAGACAUCCCGGAUAGAUCCGUCAAGCUCAACUCUUGA